ACAGAUCUCUCCCUUGUCAGCUUCAGCACACUGCUUUAUAUUGCUCUGCAUAGCAGAGCAAUACAAAGCAAUGUGCUGACACAGUACAACACACACACAUACACAAUAGUAAUACAGCACACAGUUAACCCUUUGAUUGCCCCAAAUGUUAAUUCCUUCCUGCCCAGUGUCAUUAGUACAGGGAUCAGUGCUUUUUUAUUAGCACUGAUCACUGUAUUGGUUUCACUGGGGAUGUCAGUUGCAUUAAUCAGUUCCCACCCAGUGUCAGAAUGCCCGCCGCAGUCCCGCUAUAAGUCGCUG